AUCUUAGAAAAAAUCAUUCUAGAAACGAGGUAGAUAAGAUUUAUGUAUAAAAGUAGGAAUAGACAAAGCACAAAAUUCAGUUAUAUUUCGGCGCUAGAAGACUAAAGACAAUCAUUAUAAUCAUGGAACAGUGGAAGAAUCGCGUAGCUAUUGUCACUGGUGCUUCGGCAGGAAUUGGUGCGGCGAUUGCAAAGGAUCUCGCUAAGGCGGGAAUGAUAACAAUUGGAUUGGCACGAAGAGUGGAGAAAAUUGAAGCACUGAAAAAGGAUCUUCCAGAAAAUGUUCAAGGAAAUCUGCAUGCUGUGAAAUGUGAUGUGUCCAAUGAAGAUGAUAUUGUGAGAGUUUUCUCCGAAAUCGACAAAAAAUUCAAUGGGAUUGAUGUGUUAAUCAACAAUGCUGGAGUUGUCCGUGAAACUGAACUGAUCAAUAAGGAUAAUUCCUCAAAAAUUCGUGAGGUGAUCAAUACGAAUGUUUAUGGGCUUGUUUUCUGUACAAGAGAGGCCUAUAAAUCAAUGGAGAAGCAUGGAAGAAAUUCCCAUGUUGUUCAUAUCAAUAGUGUAGCUGGACAUUACCCAGUACAAAUACCUCUCUUAAAUAUCUACCCGGCAAGUAAACAUGCGGUUACCGCUAUAACGGAAAUCCAUCGCCAGGAAUUUAUAAGGAGCAAACAUCACAUCAAGGUGACCUCUGUGAGUCCUGGGGCUGUGAAAACAGAAAUGGUUCCAGAUGAUGUUGAAGAAAAGUUUGGCAAAAUUCCAUUCCUUGAGGCUGAAGAUAUUUCCCAGAGUGUUCUUCAUGUCCUCGGAACACCUCCUCGUGUUCAAAUACACGAACUUAUCAUCAGACCUUUUGGGGAGAGGUUUUAAUUCUUUGUUAAAUUAUUUUCACAAAAUAUUAUACGUUAUAUUUUGUUAAAAUGUUCUUUCUUUAAUUCUGAAUAAAAAGAGAUUAAAAUACACAAAAA